CGCAGUGUACCGGGGCCCGGAGGAGCUGGGCGCGGAGCCCGAGAGUCCCCCGCGUGCCCCCCGGGACUGGGGCACGCUGUUGCUCCACAAGGCCCAGAUCCUGGCUCUGGCAGGUUUUGACAUGUUCCACUGAUACACACUGGAGCAAAGACUGGGACUUGCCUGCUGUCAUUUGUUGCAGAUUCUACUGGAAUGUUAAUCACUGACGGUUAAAUCUGAUGUGAACUUUAGUGCUCAAGAACCACACAUUUGUUGCAUCUAAAUAAUGUGUGCUGAAGAGUGCUUCAGGGUCCUGGUUAAUAGGCUGAAAGAAGUCCCAGAAGACAAAUCUGAUCUUGAGAACAGUGUGAUGCAGAAGAAAAUAAAAAUCCCCAAACUUUCUCUCAGUCACCUGGAAGACGAUGGGGAGGUUAAAGACUACGGGGGAGAAGACAUACAGCUUAGACACAUCAAGAGACCGGAGGGGCGGAAGCCUAGUGAAGCGGCCCACAAGAGUAUCGAGGCAGUGGUGGCCCGGCUAGAGAAACAGAACGGCCUGAGCCUGGGUCACAACACUUGUCCGGAAGAGGUCUUUGUGGAGGCCUCCCCGGGCACAGAGGACAUGGACAGCCUGGAGGAUGCCGUUGUGCCCCGGGCUCUGUAUGAGGAGCUGCUGCGAAACUACCAGCAGCAACAGGAGGAGAUGCGUCACCUCCAGCAGGAGCUGGAGCGGACUCGGAGGCAGCUCGUGCAGCAGGCCAAGAAGCUCAAGGAGUACGGGGCACUGGUGUCUGAAAUGAAGGAGCUCCGAGACCUCAACAGGAGACUCCAAGAUGUGCUGCUCCUGCGGCUUGGCAGCGGUCCCGCCAUUGACUUGGAAAAAGUAAAGUCAGAAUGUCUCGAGCCCGAGCCGGAGUUACGGAGCGCUUUCAGUGAGGAAGCAAAUACGUCGUCCUAUUACCCCGCUCCUGCGCCUGUCAUGGACAAGUAUAUCCUAGACAAUGGCAAGGUUCAUCUGGGAAGUGGGAUUUGGGUUGACGAGGAGAAAUGGCACCAGCUACAAGUCACCCAAGGAGAUUCUAAGUACACGAAGAACUUGGCAGUCAUGAUCUGGGGAACAGAUGUUCUGAAAAACAGAAGUGUCACAGGAGUCGCCACGAAAAAAAAGAAGGAUGCAAUCCCGAAGCCACCCCUCUCUCCUCACAAGCUAAGCAUCGUCAGAGAGUGUUUGUAUGACAGAAUAGCACAAGAAACAGUGGAUGAAACUGAAAUUGCACAGAGACUCUCCAAAGUCAACAAGUACAUCUGUGAGAAAAUCAUGGAUAUCAACAAAUCUUGUAAAAAUGAAGAACGAAGGGAAGCAAAAUACAAUUUGCAAUAAACUUUGGAUUUUUUCAUAAA